GUGUGGGUAAUGAACUGAUUAGGAGCAGCAGAAUAAGAGCAGAGAGCAGCAGCCCUUCAGACAGAGCUCCAGUCUCUGAUCAUCCAGUCGUCUGCAGAGGAAGGAGAAGAGUCACAGCUAACGGCCCAGUCAACAUGCUGCACAGCCUCACUUUAAGGGUUUCCUGGAUCUGUCUGCUGUUUCUCAACACUGCAGCUGCUUUUCCUGCAAGCAAAGAGGACUCUGCCUGGCGCUCCAGUGGCGCCUCUCCUCGCUCUGGUUUCUCUGCGGUCCAGCAGCCUGCAGCAGCCCCACAACAGGCCCCCUCUAGUUCUGGAGCUCCCAGUCUCAGCUACCAGCCCAGUUCUGGAUCUAGCUCUGGAGGGCCCCUCAGACGUCUUGUGAGUUCAGGUUUCCCCGGUCAUGGUGUGAGGUUGUCCCAUCCUGGUGUUGGUGCAGCUGGGAGCUCCAGUGUGGGAGCCUACAGACCCAUCAGCUCUAGUUCUGCACCGCCUACUGGAGGUGCCAGCGCGGGUCUGAACCCUGCAGCCCACAGAUUCAACAUCCCCAGCUUUGCACAGCCCUCUCUGACCUCCAGCGUGGGUGUGAACCUUGACCCCUACAGCCCCAUUGUUUCUGCUGGAGACUCGGCUGCACCCUCCAGCUUGGACCGGCCCGUUCAGGCUGCUCCUGCAUCGUCCGGCCUGGAGUUUCCUGUUUACUACUUCGUGGCUCCCCCCAGCUCCAGUUUCCAUGAAGAUGAAACCCCACUGUCCUGGCCCCAGCAUCCUGCAGGAUUGUCCUCCUUCAGCCCCAGCGGCUGGAUGCCGUCUCGUUCUUUCCCCGUCCUCGGCGUCUGGAGCUCUGAGGACGUCUCUGCUAAAGGGGUGAAGCAGGAGGCCGAGAGCGAGGAGGUGUCCCUGGUGCCGUCUUCGUCCUACAUCGUCCAGUCCAGAAACGGCUACCUGAGAGCCAGAGAAGCAGUGGCUCACCUGAGCUACGUCCCAGAGCAGGGUGAACCACAGGUGAUCUACUACGAGGUGGUCCAGAGGCCAGAGCAGCCUGCAGCUGCACCCAAGGCUCCAGUCAAAGGAGGGAAGAAACCCUGAGGAGGCCUCUGCUUUGAAUUUCAGCUUUCAUGCAACUUCAGAACUCAAUAAAUUGUUACUAAAAAAUGUCA